UGGUAAUGUCGCUAAGAUCGGCAAGUGCUCUAGGGAGGCAUGUCAUUUGCCGAUCAUGUGAAUCUUAUUCAACACUGGAGAAAGCGAUUUAUCCUGCGGUCCGAAGAAAUGUCAUAAGAGGCAAUAGCGGAGCUUCAUUACAAAAAAGAUGGAAUUCAUCUACCUCUCCAAAGCCAUUGGGUGAAAGAAUUGCUGAGAAGUACAAUCUACCGAUCUUCAGAGUCAACUCAGACCGUCUUCAGCUAAUCGAACAACCGAGCAAAUUCUAUGAAAAGCUCUUGGAUAUAAUACGAAAUUCAAAGAAGAGAAUAUUCUUGGCCAGUCUAUACAUCGGAAAGACGGAGCAUGAACUCAUUUCUGCACUCUCUUCAUCGCUAAAAGAGCGAAAAGAGCUAAAGGUCACAAUCCUGGUCGAUAGGCUACGUUCAACACGGGAAGGCGAUUAUCGGGAUGGAGAGAAAAGCACUGAAUCAUGUGCUUCCUUAUUGGCAGGACUUCAAUCGCAAUUUCCCAAUCAAGUAGAAAUUCGGGCUUUCAGAGCGCCGGAUCUGCCAGCUUGGCUUGAGACUUUGGUCGGUAAACGAUUCGUAGAAGGAUGGGGACUACAACAUAUGAAAAUCUAUGGAGGGGAUGAUUCAGUGAUGAUCAGUGGAGCCAAUCUUUCGAAUGACUAUUUCACCAAUCGGAGGGACAGAUAUUUGUUCAUGGACGACAAAACUGUCAGCGAUUAUCUGUACGAGCUUCUCAUGACAGCUUCACGUUACUCAUACUCCCUUCGAGCGACUGGAACUCCAUCUCAGCAUGCAUCCUAUCAACUAGAUUGGGACGAAGGGGCACGACUAGACAUGAAAAUUGACGAGCAGCCUACCGGACCCACUGGCUGGAAGAGGAGGAUGGGAAGUCAAGUGGAACGAAUGACGUAUGAAUGGAAGCAACGUACGGAAGCUGCUCGGCCUACGGACUCUGAUUCGAUGGACAUUGUUCCAUUAAUCCAAAUGGGACCGAUGAAAGUCCAGCAAGAGACAACUUGUGUACCCGAAGUACUCUCUUAUGCGAAUGAACGACCGAAUAGUCAAUUGUACUUUACUACUGGCUAUUUUAGCAUCAAUCCACAAUACGCUGAAUGGAUCUUGAAAGGACAGUUUCAAAGUGAAAUGAUCACUGCAUCUCCUAAAGCUAAUGGGUUUUAUGGAUCAAAGGGCGUUAGCAGACAUUUACCGGCAGCAUAUACUUGGCUCACGAACAGAUUCUGGGAUAAGCUUGUAGCCAAAAAUAGACAAGAUCAAGUAAAGAUCAAUGAAUGGAACAAACAGGGCUGGACGUAUCAUGCAAAAGGAAUUUGGUUUUCUCCCAAGGUGGACAGCAAACCUACGCUGACUUUAUUAGGCUCGUCUAAUUUUGGAAUUCGAUCGGCCAAGUUGGAUCUCGAAUGCACUUUCCUCAUCGAUGCUCAUCGAAGUUCUAAACUGCAGACUCGAUUGCAAGAGGAGAUCGAUGAGCUAAAGCGUGAUGCGAAAGAUCAAGUUGGCCAAGAAAUGUUCGAGAGACCAGAACGAAAGGUGCAUUGGGGUGUCAAGGUGGCCGCAAGGAUUAUCCGGCGUAUGCUAUGAGGAAUCUAAAAAUAUAUCAAUAUGUAUUAUUAAACAAUCACCACAAAUGUACAUCAUU